CGCCACCCCUGGGCGGCAGUGCGCAUGUCCUGGCGGCCAGCAGCGGGGAGGAGGCGGAGGCGGAGCCGGCGGGCGGGCACGGCUCCUUCCUCCGCUACCGCCUCCUCCUCCUCCACCGCCUUCUCAUCCUCCUCUUCUUCGCCCUCCCCGCCUCCAUCCAUCCUGCACCUUCCUGCCGCCCGCCCCCCGCGCACGGCGCGCCUCGCCUCGCGCCGCCGCCGCCGAGACGGCCGCCGCUGCUGCUGCUGCGGGAACAAAGGAGGGAAGCGGCGGCGGCGGCGCUGCCGCCAGCUCCGCGCCCCGCUCUCCGGUCUCCACUCUCCCGGCAGCCGCCCGCAGCCACCCGCCGCGCCUUCUCCGACACCCGCCGCGGGGUCUCUGGACUCCGCCGGGAACAGCAUUGAGAUGACUCAGGAGACAAACCAGACCCCAGGGCCUAUGCUGUGUAGUACAGGAUGUGGAUUUUAUGGAAAUCCUAGGACAAAUGGGAUGUGUUCUGUGUGCUACAAAGAGCAUCUUCAGCGACAGCAGAAUAGUGGUAGAAUCAGCCCAAUGGGAACAGCCAGUGGUUCAAACAGUCCUACCUCAGACUCUGCAUCUGUACAGAGAGCAGACACUAGCUUAAACAACUGUGAAGGUGCUGCUGGCAGCACAUCUGAAAAAUCAAGAAAUGUGCCUGUUGCCGCUUUGCCUGUAACGCAGCAAAUGACAGAAAUGAGCAUUUCAAGAGAGGAAAAAGUAACACUGAAAACGGAGACUGAGCCAGUUGUUACUCAACCAAGCCCAUCAGUUUCUCAGCCUAGUACUUCGCAGAGUGAAGAGAGAGCUCCUGAACUACCGAAACCAAAGAAGAACAGGUGUUUCAUGUGUAGAAAGAAGGUUGGCCUUACAGGAUUUGACUGCCGAUGUGGAAACUUAUUUUGUGGACUUCACCGUUACUCUGACAAGCAUAACUGCCCAUACGAUUACAAAGCAGAAGCUGCAGCAAAAAUCAGGAAAGAGAAUCCAGUUGUAGUGGCUGAAAAAAUCCAGAGAAUAUAAAUUAACCUGCUUGUGAAAAGACUGACUUUUUGAUUUGUUUUUAAUAUACCCUAGGAAAACACGAAAGAGCAGGUGCAUGGCCAUUUACUUUGUUCUCUAAAGUUUUACUUUUAGUCUUGUCUGUCUUAAUGAUAUUUCAGAAUGUUUGGGUGUCUGUUACAGGCAGAAUUGCAUAGAUACAGCCCUUGAAAUUAUAUAUGCCCUCCCCAGAAUAUAGUUGGAUGAUCGGAAACCUGCGCAGGAACACACAUGCACAAAGUACAGACUGUCUGUUUCACAUGUGCCAAACAGAUGUAUGCUGUCUGCAUGUUUGCAGAAGAUCUGCCUUUUGAGAUGCAUUUGAGGUGUAUAAUCUUUGGCUAGUGUUACAUGCCUGUUUUGGAGAAGGAUACAUCAAAAAGGUUGGUAGUUUACAUCUAUAAUUUAAAAAUCUCAUUCUGAUUUUAGUUUCCACACUCCAUUGUUUUCCAGCAGAAUGUAAGCUAUGUAGAGUGGUCUGUCGUCCCAGUAAGAUAAGUAGUGGUGCCGUAUUUAAGAAAGUCACUUAUUAAUUGCACUGAGGAAAAUGGAAAAAAUCAGAUAUGUAUGAGAAGAAGACUCUUUUGGAAAAUAUUACAUUAACUUUAGAAUCAUGAAAAUAGGUUUGUAAAGGAGAUGUCCUCCUAGGAACUUACGGACUGGCCUGCAACACAGUUGUCUGCUUUUCCUUGCCUAGCUAAAAAUGUUGUGUAGCACAAUAUUGUAAGGUUGGUUUACAAAAAAGUUAUAUUUGUUUUCAGUCAUACCACAGCAGCUCUAUCAAGAAACACAUGCCUGAGUAAGUUCCUGAAGUAUUAGAGCAGUUUAUUAUUCAUAUACGUCUUACAUUCUGUGUUUUUUGAGUUCAAAAGAAUAUUAGGAGUUCAUUUUUUUCUGUUUUUAAAUGUAACAGUUGCACCAGUCUGCAUGGAAAACCAUACCCAACAUGGCUGCUGUAGACUUAAGUUGUAGCUGGAACCACUCUUGGAGGCUGCUUUAUCAUUUUUAAUUGUACUUGGAUGUAGGACUGUAGUGUUCUUGGGUGUAUUGCAUGGGCUGCAUUAUCUACAACAUUGUACAAUAACAACUCUAGAAAAGGCAGUAUACUUCACUGAUGCUUGUCUGGUAAUAUCACUUCUGUGUUAUAAUGGAAGGGGUUUUUGUGAUGUAUGAAACUUGUGUUUUUUAUAUAAAAAAAGUACAGUUUAGCCUAGUGUUGUGGUAAUGCCUGUUCUCAUCUGUAAAUAGUUACGUAUGUACACAAGGCACUACUCCUGAACUUCUGAUUUCUAUUGCAGUGUUCAGUCUGUUUCUACUUCACUAUCAAAGGCAUCAGGUUUUUGCUUUUAACUUUUCUUCUGAGUUAUUAGAUAUGCAAACAUGUACAGAUAGUUCAUAUUUAUGUAUUGCACAUAAUCAUACUACCCAGCAUCUAUGCUAUAAUGUAUUAUGUAAAUAAUAAAAAUCAUGUACAGAGGAAAUAGGA